CACAGGGAGCCGUGAGAGGGAGCAGGCACGCCGAGGAGCCACGUGAGAGAGGCCCCCGCUCGCCAGCCUGGGCUUGAGGCAGCCCCCUCUCUCUCUCUGUCUCUCUCCUCUUUGGAAGGAGCCAUGGCCCGCCGCCGCCUGCUGCCUCUGCUGCUGGGCUGCUGCUGCUGCUGCUUGGCGUGGAGCGGGGCCCAGGAGGCGGCGGCGGCGGCCGGCGGAGGAGGAGGCGAGUACUGCCACGGCUGGGUGGGCGCCUCUGGCCGCGCCGCCGACGGCUUCCUCUGCCCCGAGCGCUUCGACGCCGCCGACGCCACGCUCUGCUGCGGCUCGUGCGCCUUGCGCUACUGCUGCGCCGCCGCCGAAGCCCGCCUCCAGCAGGACGCCUGCACCAACGACCCCCGCGCGCCCCUCAGGCCCCAGGAGCCCGCAGGAACCCAACCCAUCUAUGUACCAUUUCUCAUCGUUGGAUCGAUAUUUAUCGCUUUCAUUUUUGUGGGCUCCUUCGUCGCUGUUUAUUGCUGUACGUGUUUAAGGCCCAAGCAAACUUUGCAGCAGCCAAUGCGAUUCUCCCUUCGAAGCUACCAGAUGGAGACUUUGCCCAUGAUCCUGACCUCAGGUAGCUUAAGGACUCCGUCGAGGCAGUGCAGUUCUGCAGCCAGCUCCAGUUGUGCUGCUGGCUCUGUCCACAGGUUUUCCUUGGCCAGGCCAGAGUCUGGGUGCCCUGCGACCUCUUCGCCUCCACCUUAUACAGCUGGCUGUUUGCCGAUGGGCCAUUCUCUCAGCCUCUGUCAGCCUUCUGGAUUUUUGGUGUCAGCACCGUAUUUCUCGUAUCCUCUUGACUCGGAGCCAUCUCUGAAUGGAAAGAGCAUUCCGGAUCUGAGCUAGAAAAGCGUUUUUGACGUAACACGUUUGCAAAGAAGCACAAUGAACUUUACUUUAUGGGUUUUCAUUGUUGGACUUUCUGGUUAUGGGAUUGAAAACAACAUGAAUGUGUGAGUUGCCCUUUUUCAAAGUGCAAAUUCUUGCAGGAAAUGUUCUUUAAAAGCAGCAUGGAUCAGAAAACACCUAUCUUCAGUUCACAACUGAAUACACAUUUCAAAACCAUGCCAAUUUAGAAUACUGCUUUCAGUAAGGGUCACUUUAUCACUGUGAUGUUAUGUUGCUUCCUAAACUCUUCAGUUUGUGUUUAAAACUAUGCACCUAAUAAUGUGAACAAAAACCCUGCAUAUAAGAGUAGAAUACUGCAUUAAAGCUGUGAUCCUGUACGCACUUAAUUGAGAGUAUAAUUGAAGUGAUUUUUAAAAAUCUGUAUUUUAAUAUAAAUGCUCCUCUAAUACACAGGAUUGGCACGGCUUUUGGAUUUUUCAAGUUCUGUAAUAAAACGCUCCUUUAAAUAAUGUUGGAAUUAAGAAAAAUAACACAAAGUGCCAUAUAUUAGAGGACCAUGUUUACAGCAAGCACAUGCUGUACUGUUAAAUCUGCAGACUGUACUAACUACACAAAACUCACAAAUUAGGAUAGAAGUGCAUGCUAACUUUAAUGUGAAUUUUAAAAGAAAACAUUAAUAAACUGAUAGGGAAAUGGGAUUGAAAACCUGUACUUGAAAAAAUGGAGAUGUUUUGAAAAGAGAAACAGAUUCGUUCGUCUUUACCUGCCCCAUCUUGCUCAGAUGGGGAGUUUUGGUAUUGUGAUUAUUAUGUGAUCAUCUUGCAACGAUUCUAAAAGGGUUAAAAGUAAAGGAUAAUUGCAUUCUAGUUCUUUUAUUAGUUUGGAAAAUGCAAAUUAGUUUUGCUUCUGUCCAGAUGGGUGACAGACAAAUGUAACUGUAAUCCCUUUUGACCAGACAUACAUAGGAUUGCGCUGUUGGAAACUAAACAGGAUACUUUUAAGUGUUGAGGAGCACUAUUUCAAUGGGAAAUUUAAAUACAUGUUUAACUCUUUAAUUUCAGGGAUUGGAUUAAAAAUAGCUGGUUCGUGCUUAGUAUUUGAUUUUUUUUAUAAAGCCAACUGUUUUGAAAACAUUGGAGGCUUUUAGAAACAUAUUUAGUUUCAUAUAUUCUAAAGGAAAAGUUUUGUAAGCAAGUGCUGAAAGUUUGAGACACUAAACUAACAAGUUAUAAAUUAAGAAGAGGUUAAUGGCUAACAACUCCCAGACAUUUUAAAGACACAUAAUACUGAAAUAUGGACACUUAAGCUACUAUUCCAUGGGCAAUAACUUUAGAGUACGCCAAACUGAACUCAACAGGACUUUCAUUUGAGUAGAGAAGUAUGGAAUGCUGUUGCAAGAAUUCAGUCCGAAAACUUGCUGUGGUAGGAAAAAACCCAGAUACAGUAUAGGGAAGGUUGUCUUGAAUGGGAGACAGUACAAAGAUUCUGCCAGGACAAUACUGCACACGCAAAGAUUUCUAGCCUUAUAAAAACGACUGCAACGUCAGUAAUGUAUUAGAAACACAGCAGGAUAUUUUACUAAUAAGUAAUUUUUCAGUAGCAUUAUGGACAUGUUCUAACAUGUAAUAUGCAGUAUCUUUACUGAGUGUUAGAGUAAAACAUUAAAAGUAGUAAAAAGUUUACAGAUUUCUUAAGAAUGUAUUUAUUGUGUUUGGUGACUUGGAAAACAGAAGUUGGGCAAUGGUCUUAAUUUUUAUUUGUAAAAUUAGCACUAUGUGAAAAUAACACAUAAGCACUGUAAUUUACAAUGUGUUAACAACAUUAACAAUAUUUAAGUCAAAGGUGUUCUAAUAACUGGUCCAUGAUUGAAAUUUUAUUUCAGUUAUUGCAUACAUUUAUAUUUUGACUGAGUAAAACUUAAUUUACUCUUCUACUUUGUUUGAUUUGAAGAUUAUAAAGUUGUUUGUAAGACCUGAAUUUAUUACAUUGUGAAAAAUUAAAAUGGUCAGAAAGUAAUUUUAAAUAUCUAUGUGUAUUACUUAUCCCCAAAAUUUAAACAUCUUUGCAGAAGAAAGGUUCUGUUUAAAUAAAGAACCACUUUUCUUCAAAAUAAGUCUGCAAUCUUUUCACUAUUCUGCCUAGUAGGGCUUCUGAGUUUUCAUGUAUAGAAUCAGGCUGCAUAUAAGACAAUUUGAUUAAAUUUAAAAAUGCAGCAUGGAAGAGGGUGACUAUGGCCAUAUUUCUGCAUAGGUAACUUUUUUAUUUGGAUCUUGGCUACUGGAACUCAGCAUUGAAGUUUUAUUCUGUAAAAAUACACUGAGAACUGCACUCAAAAGUUGUUUGGUAUUUCAAGCAUGAAUUCUUAGGACAACUAUGGAUGUGAUGCCAUUUUUAUCAUUUGGCGUUUUUAGAAAAUAGGUGGUAUGGGACCUCUGGAGUGUCUUUGAGUGGAAGCUUUAAUUCCCAUAAUAAAUAGGUGCAGGAAACUAAUGUUGAUCAGGACAUGCCAUGGUUAUAGAUUGCAUUUAACCUUAGGCUUAGCUCCCUGUUCCUAGUGCUGGCUGUGUUUAAAUCUAUGCAGAAGAAAUUUAUAUGCAGAAAGAUUCUCCCAGUUAUUUCUUUUUGUAGCUCCUAAUGCCUUUUCCCAAGAGCUGUUCUUAAGGAUUAGGGCCUCUUCAAAAUGGUGUCCAAGAUGGUACGUGGUACUGCUUUUGGUGGUACCAGGGUGGUAACAAUAUAAGUUCAACAUGUCCCUUCUUUACAGCCCCCAAGAAAAUGAUCUAGUAAAAUUUUGACAGCCCCCCCCCAAAUAUUUUGCAGCAAUAGUUUAAUAGUGCCUUGAAAACAAUAAUUUGAUGCAUCAAAUUUUAACUUAAUUAUCUGUAAAUGGUAUGGUAGUAGUAGCAUCUAGGGUAGUUUUUAUACAAUACUACUACCACCCAAUUUCCAAUAAGCCUUUGAUAUACAUAUAUGCCAAUAAAGGCUUAUUGGAAAUUGGAAAUUGGUGUGGUAGUAGUAUUGUAUAAAAGCUACCCUAGAUGUUUUGAUGGAUUUGAAUGUUAGCUGUGUACCAUACUUUCAACCCUUGGUUCCACUCCUUCAUUGUUCUUUCUCAUCCUGGGGAAAUUACUAUAUGAAGGCUGGCUGGUAAAUGUGUGCAGGUGUGCUGGUUUCGGAUUAUCUGCAUUGAUUCAUGCCUUUUAUUGUAUCUCUGGGGUGUGUGGUCUUCUCUUUCCUUGUUCCAUCUCCUUGUGCCUUUUCAUCUAGGGAAUUAUGGAGGCUGGCAGGUAAGUACACAAAAUAUUGCAAAGUGACUAAGUUGACUUGGCAGUUUUCAUUCCCAUUCUCAAUUGACUCAAGAGCCAUCUUUCUUCAUUCACUCUAUGUUCAGUCAUUUGUGGUGCAUCUUAAUUUAUGGGCAGAGGGUCUCUUAUAGCAGUAUAGCAUUUGUUCUUAUACUGUAUAUGGUCUAUGUGUGUACACACACACACACACAGAAUCAUAAAGUUGGAAGAGACCAUAAGGACUAUCUAUUAUAGUCCAACCCCCUACCAUGCAGGCACCCCUGACAUAUGGCCUUCCAGCCUUAAAAAUCUAGAGAAGAGGCACCAUAUUACACUGUUGAACAGCUCUUGCCUAAUGUUUAAGUGGAAUCUUUUUUUCUGUACUGUAAUUUGAAUCCAUUGCUCCGUGUCUUAGUCUUCAAAGCAACAGAAACCAAGCUUGUCCGCUCUUCAAUGUGACAUCCUUUCAUAUAUAAUAUGAAUAUAUAUUAAUAAUUACAGUGUACUAUAUGUUAGAGAAAGAAGGGAGAACAGUAUAUAUGAUUUUAAUUAUACAUAAUUAUAAAACGUAUUUGCAAGCUGAAAAAAGGUCUGGGUUCUGUUUUUCAACGAAUUCCACUUCUUGACAGUGCUCUUGUCCCUAGCCUGUCAAAAAAGCAGGGAUGCCUGUACCAUGUGGCCCCAUAGAAGUUUGAGAUCUCUGUUGCAUGGCCUAACAGCUUGUGGAGUUAGGUUGGUGAGUACAUGAAACACCCAAUGUUCUUUACAGUUAUACCCUUAUCCAAGGAGAUUUGGCUGGACUCAUCUUUUUAAAGCUUCUGGCAAGCAGUGCUGUUCUGUAUGGCAUUCAGUGUUUGAAAUUGCUGUUUAAGCUGUUUAAAAACUAGAUUCUAGGAUUGUUUUUAGACUGCUCCUAGGUGCUUUAAAAUAAUAUUUUAAGUUAUUUUAAAAUGUUUUUAAUCUUUGUACUGUUUUAAUCGAUCUUUAUUUGUGUAUCGCCUUGGAUGCCCUUAUGAGCCGAGAGGCGAUACAGAAAUACUUAGAAUACAUACAUAAUAAACUCUCACCAGCCUUGACCACUCUAGUCCAUGGUGGAAGUUGUAGUUCAAGAUGUGGAGAGCUCUGAUUUUCUCUUCCCUGCUUUGGAAGAAAUAAUUAUUUGUUAGUUAAACUGCAAGAUAGCAUUUUAUACUUAUUUUCGUGAGAUACAGUGCUGCUCAUCUCAUGGGAAAAAAUAUUUCCUUCAGAUUUUCAUGUAAGAGCUGGUAUAUUUUUCUACAUAUUUAUCAAUUUGUAUUUUUUUCAGUUAGAAUGCCCUUGGGUGCAUAAGAAAAAAGUGUAGAUUUUUUCAAAAAGAAAAUGCUAAUUUCAUAGGAAUAAAAUGCCACUUCUCAUAAUAGAACAGUAAUUAUAAAAUAUCAGAUUUCAACCUAUGAUGUUUUUAUCUGCAUUAUUUUAACUGAGUUCAAAAUUAGAAUAAUGGGAAGUACUUCUAAGAAGAAGAGUUUGAAGUGUAGACAAAAUGCCAGAGUUCAUUAUAUUUAAUGGCAAGGUUUUAUUUUUUUUUAACAAUUAGACAAAACAUUUAAAAUUUGCAGUUCAGAACAUGCACAUUCACAAAAUGCCAAUGACAUGUAACACUGCAUCAAACUGAAUAUAUUACUAAAAUUUAAUAACUUUAUAAAACAGUGCAUUUAACAUCCAAUUAAAACUAAACCUGAGGAAAACUACCAUAAACAUUGAGUAAAAAUCUUUCCAUUCAUGCAGCUUCACAAUUUCCACAGCAGUUUCAGCAGUAAUGGUUUAGUGGAGCUGGAAAUCCUACUGUACUUUGAAUGCAGUCUUAACUUUUAUAUAGUGCCUCUGCCUUUCAUGGCAGCAUGAAUAUCAAGUUGCAGUAGAAAAACAAUAUUAAUGCAUUAUGGCUUCAAUUGUUGAACAGGAAAAACACUGAAACAUGAUUUUACUUUUACACAUUUGCGUCACAGUUUUGCAGAUACAAAAUAUUGAAUGAAUGCAAAAGUAACUGUUGAAAUAACCUAUAAAACACAAGCUGCCCCCAUAAUUUGACAUACUAAGCAAUCCAGUCAACUCACUGAAUCUUGAGCACAUUUUGUAACAUUAUCAACAUAUAUAUGAUUUUUGAAAUUACACUUACUGUAAUGCUAAUAAAAAGAAAUUGGUAACUCAGUUGUUCACUAACAUUUAGUUUUGCUUACCAAAUGCAUACAUUUUGAUGCAUGUUUCAGUUGAAGGAAAAGGAAUAAUGGGCUUUAGCACAAGCAUGCAUCAGUUCAGAUUCACACUGUGAUGUAUUAACACAUGCAGACAGGUUGAUAAAACCUACCAAAACAACAACUGCUUUUGCAUCAUACGUAAAUCAGUAGAAAAAAAGAGCUAAUUGUGUGGUCCUAUUCUUUAACAAGUAAUGGAACAAAUCAUGAAAUGAUGAAAAAAGAUGUCUUCCUGUGUGAAACUGUAUUACAUUUCUUUAAAUAUUUCCUCUAUUUUAUACAACUAGAAAGUUGUUCAACUAUAAAUUUGUCAAAAAUUGUCUGCAAAAAUAAAUCUUAACACUAUGAAAAACAAGUCCACUUAUGGCUUCUCAAAGUAUUUCCAAUUAGCUGAUAUUCUGGUAAGGUACUACAUUCUCACAAGUAAUUCUAAAGAAUAAAAGUGUAGACAUUGUGUCAAUUGAAUGGCAACAUUUUCAUUCAACUUAUGAAAUAUUUUUUUUACGGACAGUUUGAAAUUGUUUCACACUACACUUAUUACAUACAAACUAUACAUCUUUCUUUAUGUAUUUACUUGAGAAAUGUAAAAAUUUUAAAUGUCCAAACAAGUACAUUAUAGUUAAUGAUUAUUAAUUGGGUAAAAUAUUUUAUUAAAAUAUAUGCCUACCAAUUGAUUGAUAUAUUAACAUGUAAUAUAUAUGUGUGUGUGUGUGUGUGUUUGUUAUAACAUAAUAAACCACUUAUGAAAUAUA